AUGCCUGAACAGCGGGAACAGAGGAAUGAGGGAGAGUCAGGUUCCCUCAUCAGAUCUCUCAUCCAGGGCGCCACUAUCUUCUUUGUCACCCAGUUCUUCAUCGGCCAAUUCUUCGGAAACAAGCAGACUACUGGUUCUGGUGGAAAGCCAGGCGCUGAAACUACCUUUGGAGAUCGCGCUGCUCCUGGGGAGAUCGAGAGUUACAGCUCCGUUCCGGACACGAUUUCCCCUAUCUGGCCUACGGACAGCGCGCUGGAUAUCAGCAUCUACGUUUCUCCGUCUAUCCUCGUACCUUCGUUCAAAACUCUGCCACCGAGCUCGCUCGUAUUGGAACAGAAGAAAUUUGGUCUUGGAAAUUACAGCGAUGUUAGAGAAGUAGAGGCUACCGUUCAGGUGCCAAAGGAGGUCCAGAACAACGGAACUCUUUGGGCGCACUUCCUUGUGGGAUUGAGUGGACAUCAGUUGGAUCCUACCGCUAAAGACUACAGCUCGGAUACGGCCGUCCACUUCUUCCGCCCUCUCAACCAAUAUCUCCCCAAGAAGAAGGCUAAGAAGCUCAAGAAUCUCCUCGCGAGCGCCGACGAGAAUGAGGAGGAGGAAGACGAUGGAACCCCCGACGUUUCGAUUGCAUCGUUCUACCACUCGAACUUUACAUUAUCCGUUAUCCCUGAUUCUUCCAACAUGAAGUACCGCCAGAUCCAUCCUGCUAUUCGUCGUCAGACCCAACUGGAGACGACCGGUGCGAGAGAUGCUUCCGGUCAAAACGGCUGGUACUACCCGAUAGUUUUCCUGAAUACGUUUUGGCAGUUGAGGAGCCACAUGAUGGAGCUCAACUCGACGGUUGAGACGGUACCCAUUCGAUUCACGCUCAAUAACCUUCAGAACUGGAAGUUUGCAAUGCUGGCGAGUCUCGAUGACAACGCGAAGCAGACAGCCCGACAAGCCGCCUUUGGAGGCUCUACCCCUGGUGGUGGUGAUGGUAGCGAGUUUGAGAUGAUCAAAGAAGUGCUCCUCGAUACCAACAUCUGGUUGCUGGGUACUACCGGUGUGGUUACUAUCCUACACAUGGUUUUCGAAACUCUCGCAUUCAAGAAUGACAUAUCUCACUGGCGUAAGAAGAAAGAUAAUGUUGGAACUUCUGUUCGAACUAUCUUGGCCAACGUGUUCAUGCAAGCAGUCAUUUUCCUCUACCUCAUGGACAACAGCGAGAACACUUCUUGGAUGAUUCUCGCCAGCCAAGGCUUUGGGAUUCUCUUGGAAGCCUGGAAGGUCACUAAAACCGUCAAUGUUCGCUUGCGACCGCCUCCAGCCAGGUCCUUCUUCUCAUUCCUGCCCUAUGUGAUUGUGUUUGAAGACAAGCACAAGCUCACAGAAACAGAGAAGAAAACCCAGGAGUAUGAUGAGAUUGCAUUCCGCUAUCUCUACAUCAUUGGCGUGCCUCUUCUUGGAGCGUACGCCGUAUACAGCCUGAUGUAUAACACCCACAAGUCAUGGUACUCGUACAUCAUCGAAACUCUUGUCGGCAGUGUUUAUGCCUAUGGAUUCCUGAUGAUGGUUCCUAGCCUAUACAUCAACUACAGACUCAAGUCCGUCGCGCAUAUGCCUGGAAAGGCUAUGACUUAUAAGUUCCUCAACACUUUUAUCGAUGAUCUCUUUGCAUUCACCGUUAAGAUGCCAUGGCUCCACAGACUUGCGACCUUGAGAGACGACGUGAUUUUCUUCAUCUGGCUCUACCAGGGCUACAAGUACAGAGUUGACUACACUCGUGUCAACGAGUUCGGGCAGGGAGGUGAGAGUGACGAUGAAGAGGAAGAAUCGAAGCCUGAAGAGGCCGAGAAAGUCGACGAGGGAAAGAAAGAAGCUUCCCAGGCAUCUGGAAAGCAAACUUCCAAGGCAUCUGCCCGCCGGAGAAAGUGA